AUGAACACAGCAGCUGCCCCACCAUCAUCACCAGCAGUCAAUGGCAACAUCAACGCUCAAGAUGUAGAUAUCAAGGACCUUACUCCUCCUCCAACUCAUCCAUCAAAUCAGAAUGGAAACAAUACACAACAACAAUCCCCUCCACAACAACUACCACCUAAACCAGAACAAACAGUUGCACAAUGGACUAUAUCAAACUAUUCACAACAGACUGAUAAGUUCUAUACGAAUACAGCACAGAUAUGUGGAUUGACGUGGAGACUGUAUAUCUUCCCCAAGGGAAACACUUCAAAUGAGGACCUAUCGCUGUUCCUCGAUCUGGUGGAGAUCAAGCAGCCCAACUUCCCCUGCCAAAAGGUCAACUUUAUGUUGGAGCUGGUCAAUCAGAAGAAGCCUGAAGAGAGUGUUCGCAAGCCUUCCGAUCACAUCUUUAGUGCCAAGUUUGUAGACUGGGGAUUCAACAAGUUUAUCAAGAUAUCAACAUUGCUCGAUCCCAAGAAUGGCUUCAUCGUCGAUGACACCCUCAUCCUACGUGUAGAGAUACUCAACAUCAUCACAGAGACCAUCUCUGCCAAUGGUCAGAGAGCAUUCUUAUAUAACUCAAAGAAGAUGACAGGCUUUGUUGGAUUGAAGAACCAAGGAGCAACAUGUUAUAUGAACUCAUUACUGCAGGCAUUGUAUCAAAUAUCACCAUUUAGACGUGCAGUGUAUGAGUUGCCAACGGCACAGAAUGAUGAUCCACAUGAGAGUAUACCGUUGGCGCUGCAACGACUGUUCUACAAGUUGCAGUUUGGAUCGACCACGGUGUCGACCAAGGAGCUGACCAAGAGCUUUGGCUGGGGUACGCACGACAUCUUCACGCAGCACGACGUGCAGGAGCUGAACAGAGUGCUGUGCGACAACCUCAACGACAAGAUGAAGGGCACCAAGUCCGAGGGCACCAUCGACAACCUGUUCCGCGGCAAGAUCAAGAACUUUAUAAAGUGCGAGAAGGUCAAGUACGAGUCCAAGAGAGAGGAGGAGUUCUACGACCUGUCGCUCAAUGUCAAGGGCUGUCCAACCAUCCAGACCUCAUUCGAGAAGUACACCGAGAUCGAGAAGCUCGACGGCAACAACAUGUACGACGCCGAGGGCUUUGGACUGCAGGUGGCCAACAAAGGAUGUCGCUUCCUCUCCUUCCCACCAGUGCUACAUCUCCAAUUGAAGCGAUUCGAGUAUGAUCCAAUGAGAGAUGCCAACGUCAAGGUCAACGAUCGAUAUACAUUCCCAGAACAACUUGACCUCUCUCCAUACCUAGAUGAAGAAGCAGACAAGACAACCUCAUCAAUCUAUAACCUUCAAGGUGUACUGAUACACUCUGGUGACCUACAUAAUGGACACUACUACGCCUUUAUGAAGCCAAAGAAGGAUGGUGAUUGGCUAAAGUUUGACGAUGAGGAGGUGUCUAGGUGCUCACUCCAACAAGUCACAGAGGAGAGCUUUGGUACAGAGGUGGAGUCUGUACGAAGAGGUGGAGCAGGUGGCUUCACCAUGGGCAGGAGCUUCACCAAUGCCUACAUGUUGGUCUACAUAAGAUCAACAGAGAUCGAUGAGUUGUUGAAGCCAAUACCCGACUCUGAGAUACCUGUACAUCUAAAGCAACGAUUGGACAGCGAUGAGAAGACGCAGACUCACCAGAUGUUGCGCAUUAAAAUGACGACUGACGAGGACUUUGUCCACAACACUGGAUUCGAUCUUGUCGACCUCACCAAGCUGCCAUACCAAAACAUCAUCAUGAAACCAGGCGAGAACUACAACAUUGCCUAUCUAAAGAGACAAAUAACAACAAUCAUUGGAGUGCCACCCGAGAGACAGAGGCUGUGGUCAUGGUCAUGUAGAAGAAACAGGACGAUGCGUAUCGACAUGGUUCCAGAACAAGAUGAUGCCUCUCUGAAACGACCCACAGAGUUGGCAUUCUACUUGGAGGUAUCAUAUGUACCAAGGACACCCAACAUGGGCGCAUCAUACUUCCAACCAAUAGACAAUGCACAUUCCAAUGCACUGCUGUUCUUCAAGUAUCAUGAUCCAGAGCAGAACACGAUGAAGUUUGUAGGAUCCAAGGUUAUCGAUAUCAGCUGCCGUGCAUCAUACAUUCAUCCAAUGCUUAGAACGAUGGCUGGACUACCAGCCGACACCCCACUCCUCCUAUUCGAAGAGAUAUCACCGGGCGACAUCGAAGUCAUCAAGCCAUCCGAAUUCCUACGUCAAUGUGAGCUAGCAACAGGUGACAUCAUCGUAUUCCAGAAGCAUGUCUCUAUCAAGGACAAGCACAUGUAUCCAACAGCAGUUGAAUACUUUACAUAUGUGACACACAAGACCGUUGUCAAGUUCCAGCAGGUAGACAACAGCAAUGUAAAUUUCACGCUGGAGUUGGUCAAGAAUACCAAGUACUCAGAGAUCACCAAGAUCAUUGGUCAGCAGAUCAAGGUUGAUUAUAACAAGAUCAGACUAUUGGCUGUACCAAGAUUCGCUGGAAUGGAACCAUAUAGCCCUGUCAAGCCAAACGACAACAUCCCCCUGUGCGAUAUACUAAACUCCAACAACAGGUUGUCUGAUAAGCUCUUCUUUGAAGUCCUCAACAUACCUGUCAGUGAAUGCGAGUCCAAGUCCAACUUUAGAAUCACAUGGCAGAAACCAUCAUUUGAAUAUGAACAAAUAUCAUUAUGGGUCACCAAACAGGGCACUGUACAUGACAUCAAACAGACCUUUAUUGAAUUGAUUCAGAGUCAAUCGACACCAGUCACAGCGUCGAUCACAAUAGCAGGUGGCGUGAGCACUCCCCCUGCAGGACAGACACCAACAGGUUCACCGGCAAUGGCGACAACAGCUUCCGCUGCAUCAGCUGCUCCAGCUGCCACUGCCACUCCAGUUGUUGCCGACCUCAAGAUCAAUGAACUCAAACUACUCGAGAUACGAUCACACAGAAUAGUCAGAGAGUUUUGCGAUGAUGAGAGACUGUCGAUCGUGAUGGAGAAUGCCAAUCUAAAGAUGGAGGCCAUGUCUGAGGACGAGAUCAACAAGGCACCAACGGACAAGGUGGUGACCGUCGUACACUUUAGCAACGAAGCUGGAUUCCCAAUGUACCACGGCGUCCCAUUCCAGUUUGUCAUCAAGGAGGGCGAAAACUACCAAUCUCUGCGCAGUAGAAUCCAAGCGCGUCUCGGACCCAUUGUGUCGCCGGCUGAGUUUGCUCGAUGGAAGUUGGCCAUCAUCCAGGACGACAAGGUUAAUCCUCUAACAGAGGACGCCACCAUCAGCAAGGGUGGAGACUGGAGUCACGCGACCAUUGGACUUCAGCACAACCCAUCAGUCCCAAUGCGAGGCUAUCAACAACGAGCCAUCAAGAUCAACAAAUAA